AUGGAACAGUGUGCAGCCGUAUGCACAGGCUGCAACGACCAGUGUGCCGAAUCAGGCGCUGGUACAGCCAAGGCCAGUACUGAGCUCGCGAACAUCGUGGCUCGCCACCGGUUUCGGAGCAGAGGUGCGGAAGAGUUAGAUGUCGAGUUUCGUCAGCGCUUCUUCCACCCUGUCUUGAGGGCAUUGCAGAAAUGUGCGACGCCCGGAGGAGACUCUGUGGAGGAGUCAGACAAAAUCGUCGAGGAGCUAGCAGAAGAGGUGACAACAGCCGGACUCACAAAUUUUGGCUACGUCUACGCACGACAGGCCAUGCAAGAGCUAGGUUUUCGGAUCUGUGACGCGAGCCAACGCCCUGAAUGGGUGGUGGAAGCCAGAGCGUUGGCAAGAAGCCAGCUGGAGGAAUGGCGUAUUCCUGGCACCGAAAACAUUGUCGCCGUAAUCUCGUACGAGCUGCACUACAGUGGUGAUGUGCUGCGCCGCGAGCCCACGGUGGUUACGAGCGGAUGGGCCGAAGGUGUCCACGAUGAGGUCAAGGCCAUGUUGCGGCCGGUUGAUGCCCGGGGUUGGUCCUGCGAGUCCUACUCGGAGCGAGUGGCACUACUGGAACUUAUUGAGGCUGCCAGAUGCAGGUUCGGCGAUGAAUCCGUGUCGGAGCUGACGGGCUGGGUCCGGAUGUAUCACUCGCAUCACACAAGUGUGACGGGACUUGGAGUGUUUUGCCAGUUCCGUCGCCACGUCCCAAAGGUCAGCUUGGACUUGGACUUUGAUGGAGCCUGGUACACAUGGGCGGGCAACCCUCGUCCCUUGACACUGCUCUCCGAUGAGCCCAGCUUGCAGAAAGUCGCGCAGGGAGUCUACCCGAAGCCGAUGGAAAGCCGGCUAUCCUCCAAGACCUCCACAGCGAGUGGAGCAGGAGCUUACUCCCUGGAAGUGUCCCAUCUGCGCCAGUCAGCGAGAUCGGUGAAAUGGGACCUGCCUCGACUGCGCGACAAGCAUGACGAGAGAGGGGUUACCAAGCAAGAGGCUUUUUGCUGGAUUCUAUAUGGCUCCUCCUUGGCUACUAUAGCCAUGCACUUCGCCAAGGGCCAGACGCUGCCACGCUUGCUGCUGGCCCUCUUCACGUACUGGAGCCUUUAUGCAGCAUCUGCCGAAUAUUCUACCCGAUUCAGUGCUGAUGGAUCAGAUCAUCGUGUUUUCUACAUCUUGCUGGCUAUGAGCAUCUUCUUCAUGGACGUGAACUGGACAGGUGAUGUCCUGGCAUCUGGAAACCCAGAUGCUCGAAAGUUGCACUUGAAUGGUCUUGCGGCCUGUUACAUGUUGAUCGGACUGAUGCACGCUCGAGUUGGCGUUUGGCUACCUGCCUGCCGCACGUUUGCGACCUUCCACCUCGCUCUGAAUGCGACAAGUGCCAGUCUCUACCUUUUCGCGGCAAGAAGCUCUGAAGGGCUUUGCCAGGUGCUCUGCUGGAUUGCCUGUGCACUGUUCUUCCCCAGGACGUAUGGUCUGCCGCAGCACAACCUCAUUGAUUCGAUCACGAGGCAGCGUAAUGCGAAGGACUACAUUGGUCGGUCUCAGACUGUUAUGAUCACGACCCUCGCCUUGGUGGUGAAGUGCAUUACCAAGGGCGUCGAACCAGGGCAGAUACAUCUGGGCCACAACAGCUUUUGGACCCUCAUGUCCUCCCUGUUGUUGGUGCUGCUGGUCAAGAUCCUGCUCUACGAUGUUCACAUCGCGGACACGAAGUGGCAUGCAGUCCGGUGCGAGACGUCGCAUCUGCGCCCAGCAGCAUUUCUCAGCUUGGUUCCGGUGGCAAUGGCUGGUGUGAUGAUGAUGGCAGCCGGCUCCUUCUUGGUGCUCGAUGAAGAGUUCAAGGAACGCCGAGCGGCCACCUCGGCCAGCCGAAAAGCCGGGCAGAGCUUCUGCCAAGGUUUUGGUGUUUUGCUGCUGUCUGUGACUACAAUGCGGAUGCUUCAUAACGAGCCACACGUCCCAGCCGUGAGCUGCAACAAGCGGCUGAUGGUCAUGUGGAAGGUCCAAGUUGGUGUGCAGCUGCUCUUCGCGGCCUUGUCCUUCAGCUUAUCGGGCAGAAUCACCGGCAAAGAAGGUCUCUGCCUAUGCGUCAUCCUGACUGCAAUCCUGAUUGUACUAAAUCUGCUGGACGAGCUCGAAGAGCUCCACUCUUACCGCGGAAAUUGGAAGGUUGUGCGCACAAUCGGCUCGCUGCAUGGGAUGACCAAAUACAUGAAAAAGGGCUCGCAAAACUCCAGCGACGACAGGCUGGAGUCACAGGACCACGAAGUGAAGGCAGAGCGGUGUAAAAAUUAG